GACCCCGCAUCGCGUCGCGUCGGCGAGACAAAUUCCCAAAGCGGCAAACCCCCGCGUCGCAUUCACAUCCAACCAUUCGCUUGCGCCCCCCGCAAGUCCGACACCACCCGAUUCGCUUCGAUUCCCUCCUCCUCCCUUGUUUUUCGCUUCUCCGACGGCUGUUACCGCUUUUCGAGCAGGCGUUGGGCACGCCUCGGUCUCGACGGAGAGCCAUGGGCGUCCCCGCCGCCGCCACCACCACAGCGGGUUGCCUUCGCCACUCGCCGCUCACUGUGACUAUACGGCCGCGAUGAGCCCGUCGGUUGGGGUGGAUCCGACCCCGCCCGGUCCGGGCGCCGAGGAGGCGGCGAUCGUAGUCGCGUGGCGGGAGCUGCGGGGCCAGGCCGUGGGGCUCGCGGCUGCCGCCGAGGAACGGGCGGACCUGGCCCGCCGCCUCGAGGCCGCGCUCGAGGUGAGGAGGGGGUUGCUGAGGCAGGGCGCGGCGCUGGACGAGAUGAGGCGGAGGGUGGAGCUCCAGCGGGUGCGCGCGGAGGAGGCCGUCGUCGGCAGGAGGCGGGCGCUCGAGGGCGUUGAGCGGCGGAAGGAGCUGCUGCAGGAGCAGAUCGAGCGGGUGCUGCAGCUCUCCAGGGCCCUUGCCGCCGCGCACCAGCGAGUACAGGAAGCGAAGGAGGUGUUAUCUGGAGACAGGGCCAGGCUUGGGGAUCUGCAGAGGCUGCUUAGGACGAGGCAGCAGUGCAUGGUAGGCCAGGUUGCUGCCUUGUACCCUGUGAGGGUCUUCCAUGAUCUGCAACAACAUGCAGAAAACCGUCAUGCCGAUACUAAUUGGGAGAGUGGAACACUUUCAGAGGAAAAUAGAACAAUUUCAGGGGCAAAUGGAACACAUUUACCCAGCGUUAUCAAAUCUCCACAAAUAUGCGCUUUGACGUUUUUUGGCUGGCAAAUCAUGAAGCAUAAAAGAAAGCAAAAGAGUUACAGUGACAAGGAGCUUCAGAGGUCUGCGGCUGUUCUUGGAUAUGCAGCACAUGCAGUCUUGCUCAUUGCCUCCUAUCUUGAUGUUCCCCUCCGAUAUCCUUUGCGCUUUGGAGGGUCCCGAUCUUAUGUCAGUGAUUGUUUGCCUUCAGCUGAAACAGCAUCUGUUGCUUCAGCAGACCACCCAAGUAUCAACAACACCUACUCAAAACUAACAGAAUACCCCCUUUUCCUGGAAUGUCAAGAAUAUGACUCCACUAAUGCAUCCUAUGCCAUUUAUUUGUUGCAUAAGGAUACGGAGCAGCUUUUGAACUACAUUGGAGCAGAGAGCUCUGGGAGCCACCUAUUUGGUAAUCUGCGAGAACUUUUUAGGAUCAUACUGUCGGAUGAGUAUCUGUACUGGUGAUCAAUACGAUCCCUAUGGUUUUGGUGUGCUUAUUUGUAGAGAGGUGUCGUACAUUUGUAAGUAGGUGUUUCCUUUUCCCGUUCUUUGGUGUGAUUCUUGCCUUCUUUCGUUGCGUGAGUUUUUGUAUGCACAGGAAAGAGGCGCAUUAGGUUUUGCUAGAUGAAAUGGCAUUUAUAUAUGUGGCUUUACAAGCGCCUCAGCGGCUCAGCCUCUACAUGAUUGCUUCGGGUUUCUCCUAUGUGUUAUCCUUUGAGGCAAAGUAGAUUUUGUGUCGAUAUCUUAUGAGCUAUUGCCGAAAAUUACAUUCUCUGACUAAGAUGCUGCUCCGAGUGCCUUCUCACCGUAUUAUGAGUUCAACGUCACCGGAUUAUGAAUUCAAGGACUCUGAUUCUAGCACGGGUAUCACUAGCCCAAUAUUCUAAAGAUGAAACAUAAAUGCAGCAACCCAUACUCCAUGAUACAAAUUUUGCUUCUAUGUCAUUAAUUUAGAUGCGUUUAGAAGAUUUGCCACUUGGCCUACAUAUCAUUGAUAUAGGUGGUCUUAUGUGUUGGUAAAUAGUGGCAACUGAGCUGGUGCAUCAACAUCUGAUCUGAGCUGACGAGCUGUUGCCAUUAGCACAGAAGGCCUGGACGGUGCGCCGGUGGCCACAGAAAAGAGUACGGAAAGAAGCUUUUCGGCACCGUCCACGAUCCAUCCGGACCAAAAGCCACAACGAAAGCACAUCAGAUGAUCAGAUCGGCGGAUGGCCGGAUGCCAAGUUGGCAUUGCCAAUCCCACCCACCCACCGCCACGCUCCC